AUGAAGUACACAAUCGCCCUCUCCGCCCUCGCCGCCAGCGCAAUGGCAACCUACUCCUCCGACUGCGCCGAGCCCUCGCACACCAAGACUGUCACCACCGGCGAACCUUCUGCGACGCCCACCCCACCCGCCGUCGACAACGGCUACUUCGGCGUCGUCUCCGCGCGCUCUGCCUCCCCCAUCCACCUCCAAUCCCUCACCGCACGCGGCGGCAAGUUCUACCUCGGCGGCGGACCCCCCUCUUCUUACUGCCCCGCUGAAACCAUCGGCGCGGAGAACUGCCCACCGGGUAACAGCACCGUUCUCACUGGCGGUGCCGGCACCCUCUCUCUCGGUGUUGUGGUCCCUGGUGGCCAGCAAGUCUACGUUGCGCCCGACGGUGCGUUGAGCUACACAGUCGCACACAGCGCGUACAUCCCCGAGGGCAGCGACAUCGAUGGCUUCAGCCGGACUGCUCCCACAAAUGGGAAUGCGUUCGGGUACUUGAACUUUGAGACAGGCUUCGUUGCUUGCCCGGCUGCUGAGGGAGAGGGAUACCAGGUCUACGGUCAGAUUACGACGGGUACCUUUGGUGACGACUGCUUGGGCUUCAGCGCUCUUACCGUUGCGACUGAGAAGCCUGGUGCGUGGCAGUACUAG